UUAUGCAAAGUAAAUUUAGGUACCUACUCUUAUUCCAGAGCAGUUAUGAAAGAUAGUUCAAUUUACGGUAUAUUAAUAAUUCAGUCCAUAACAUGGAUUGCAAUAGGAGGAGUUGUACGAAAUAAACUUGGGACAAAUGCAAAUUUUGGUUUUUCAGCGAACUUCCAUUUUCAGUAUAAAUUCUGCAGAUUUGUGUGUCUGAAAAAAUGUUCUUCGGGAGAGAGCACUAAACCUGAAGAAAAACCAGCUCCUGAACCAGAUGAUUAUUAUUGGAGGGAAUAUUAUGGAGUAAUACCACCAGAUGCUUUCAAAAUAGGUUCAUCUGAUCAGAAGCCCCAAACAUAUGUCGGUUUAGUGUUUGAUCCAGAACGCAAUGGUACAUUUGUAACAACAAUCUUCGAUGGAACUAAUUAUGUUUACAACGUUGUGAAAGGAAAGAAAUCGAAGCUUACAGAACACAUACAGAUACUAUGCACUAUGAAACCGGAGAGGCUGAUUUGGAUGGUGUUAAACCCUGAAAUUCUGAAGAAUUUGAAAGACCGAAAGAAUGUUCAAGGUCAUUUUCAUAUCGGAUACAAUGAAAAGACUGGACUUGAAUAUUUCUAUCACUACAUUGUGAAGGAUUCCUCUAAACCAUUCGUAGGAGCUGUUAAUAAAUUUGGAGCUACAAUGGAAUAUGCAAAACUUGAUGGAACUAUUUCUUCAAGUGAUCAACUUCUCUGGCUUAUGUUUAUCACGAAAGAACCCGAGGGCAAGUCUGCCGAAAAAUUAUGCAGCUACACCUAUGAUUUCUCAUUCAAAAUAGGUUCGUACAGAAUUACCAUUAUUUAUUGA